AUGCAGGAACCGCCCCCGCCACCUUCUUCAUGCCCCGCCCAUCCUCCACGACUCACCCUUCCCUCCCCGGCCUCCUUCUACCUCCGCCGUCGCGCCGGCCCGCCCAGCCCUGCCGCCAUCCUUGAGCAGUGCGCCGUGAUCCCUGGAGCAAAAAAAAAUCUUCCUCCGACCGACCGGGCCGGCCCAGUUCGCCAGGCCACGACCCAGCCGGCCCAUGCCUCGCGCCUGCGCCGUUCCCGACUCCGGCGGGAGUCCCGCCCGACCACGGUCGCCGGCGCCGUCCCUGACGCGGACUCCUCCGCCGCCUCUCCUGCCCCCUCCUCCACGCCACCUCCUCCCCUCUCCUAUAAAACCCGAGGCCCCGGGCCCCGUUCCUCAUCCUCUGCCGCAACCGCCGCCCUCGCCGGAGCUCCCGUCCUGAGGAGAUCUGCCGCCGCCGCCGCGCUCCGUUCCGACUCCCCGAGCGCCGCCGACCCCACCAACCUCACCGUCGCGCCACGCCGCCCCUUCCCCGCUACUCCGCUGUCGCCGCCGACGCCUGGAGCCGUCGCCCCGUUCAUCGCCGAGCCACCGCCGUCGUCUUCACCGGCGACGUCGAUGCCCACCGCCGCGGUAAGCCACCGGCCGCCCUCGUCCGUUCGAUCUAGGAUGGACGGCUAG